AUGAUGCGCGAACACAUGGAUGUACCACCGCUUCGUGGCAUGGUCCCUCCAGGUUACCACCAGGUCUCGCACAAAAGACUUGAACCAGAGUCGCACCUCUGCGACGAUGGUGCACAACUCAAGUAUUCGCCUGGGCCAGAAUACAAGUGCCGAGUCUGGACCGGGGGUAGCAUGGACUUCAAGCCAUCCUUCUUGCGACGGAGGGAGAGGAAGCUGCUCGUUGCAGCUGAACGACUUGGAUCAUGCCGCAUCCAGGGGACAGGGAUUGCGAGCAGAGCUUGGGUUAAGAUCGUUCAAGAUUUCAACUACUUCAAGAAUAAAGACGCACAGGUCGGUGCCAUCAAGGAACCAAAUAGGUAUCUCCUGAGGGAGAAGAAGGGGCUCCUUUUCUUCCAGGACACUCCAGACAGUCUGAGGUCUAAGGACGACAAGAGCUCAAUGCUACCCGUCCCAGGCCAGGCACUUCGUUCGCUGACCAUGAUGCCCACUCCAGCUAUGUUGUUCCGCUUCAGCGCGCUCACGUUCAACAGUCACACGAUUCAUCUCGAUCGUGAAUACACCAAAAGCGUCUACGGCAUGCCGGACUUGGUUGUCCACGGACCAUUGACCUCUGUGCUGAUGCUGGAGAUGCUGCGAACGGUGUUCGCCGAGCUAAGCCCGGAUAAGAAGGCCGACUACUUCAUCAAACACUUCGAAUACAAGAACCACAAGCCUCUCUGGGUCAACGAGGAGAUCAAGAUUGAGUGCAAGCUGAUGAUUGCCGAGGCCGACGCCGACGCACAUCGGUUUCCGCUAACUAGCCUCGAACGCAGGAAGGAUUUCCACCGCGAGAUGUGGAAGGUGUGGAUUGCCAAGGGAACCGCCUCAAAUGAGACUCUGGCUGUGGAAGGCACCGCUGCGGUUUCGGUGGCUGGACAUCGGAAUAGCCCACUCAAUGGGAUACAGCAGUACACCUUUCAUCCGAGCAGAGAGGGACGUAGUGAAGACGAACCAAUCAGAUGGACGCCUACCUGA